AUGGAAAGGGAGAGACAAAAAGAUUAUAGGGGAAUGAGUAAGGAUAGUGAUGACGAGGAUGAUAGUAACGAGGAUAAUGAUGACGAGGAUGAUAGUAACGAGGAUAAUGAUGGCGAGGAUGAUAGUAACGACGAGGAUAGUGGUGACGAGGUGAUAGUAACGAGGAUAGUGACGACGGAGAUAGUGAUGACGGAGAUGGGACAGAAAAAGUAUGAUGUAAAUGCCAUGUCAAAAAUCGUCUAA